UUGUAUUCAGGGUCACCCUCACCGCCUCAUCAGGAGAGGCAUACAGAGAGUGAGGAGGUAAACGCAGACAGACAGUACAGACAGGUAAUACAGAGAGGUGAGACUGAACAAUAUCUUCAAGGAGAGAGACAGACAGGCAGACAGAAAAGGAAGUGGGAUAUUUCCGUCCUACACAUCUUUGACACCCAGAGGACUUCAGUUGUCUCUUUAAAGAAAGCGUGCCAGUUGGGGGGUUACCAUGGAAACCAGGACAGUGAUGAAACGAGAGCAGGAGGAGCAGUCGUCCCAGAUGUCUCACAGCAUGCAACUGUCCUCCCAGAUCAAGAAGAAGACCUUCACUUCCAGUGAUGAGGAAGCCACCUACUCUGAUUACUAUCCCAUCAUCCCCGCUGACCUGAUGUCCGUCAAGGAGAUCCUGGGCACAGAAAACUUCCCCCGCCACAGGACAUGGGAAAUCCUGAAGGAAACUCUGGCUGCUGAUGAAGAGUAUCACAGGGACAAGUGGACCAUGUUUGGAAAUGAGGUUGAGAAGGUGGAGAUAGACGUGAUCAGGAACCAGCAUGUGUUACGCAAACGAGUUGACAAAAUGGCCCUUCGCAAACAGGCAGAAAAGAAGGCAUCUGCCCACAUGAAGUACCUGGAGCUUCUGAGUCAGAAGGCCCCUGACUUUCCAAUUCCUCUCAGGGCUCACACUGUCUGGGAGGGCAUGACGGUCAAACUCUCCUGUACCGUCCAGGGCUGUCCACCCCCAAAGGUCACGUGGCAUAAGGAUGGUAUCCCACUAAGAUUGUCUGACCAACCGUGGAAUUACAGUCUUCAACAAAAAUUUGGUCUUAACUCGCUGGAGAUCAGAAGGUGCUCUCCUGAUGAUGCUGGCGAGUAUAAAGUGGUAGCCAAGAGUCCACUGGGUGAAGCUACGACCUUUGCAACACUUGUGGUGAACUCAUAUCAAGGAGCCGCGGCUGGUUCAGAGUGCUGGCAGACCCCCGCCUUGAACCUUGAGCAGGAGGCCCAGUUUGGCACCUCCUUCCCUCCAACAUGGGUGAAGGAGGGCGACAGCCUUACCCUGCAGUGUACCUUCACCUCAGCUCUGCUGCCCUUCCAGCAGGAUGUCAGCUGGUUCAGAGAUGGUAUACAGCUGCAUCAGUCCAGCAAUGUGGACAUUAAGAUGGUUGACAAUAAGGCCUCCAUCACUUUAAGGGCUGCGCACAAGGAGCAUGAAGGUGUUUACACUGCCAAGCUGAAGACCUGGGAUGGAAUCCAAGAACACAGUGCUUUUGUCUAUGUCAAAGAUGCGUCAGCUGCAGUGCUGGGAGGUCCGGCCUCUCCUCUGUCGGUCCAGGUAUCUGAUGUCAACAGGGACUACGUUUUCCUCACCUGGCAGCCGCCCAGCGCUGAUGGAGCCUCACCUGUGGAGGGCUAUUAUGUGGAGAGAUGUGACCUAGGUCAGGGCAAGUGGGUGCGCUGCAAUGUGCAUACUCAGAAAAUGUGCCACUACCCAGUAUUUGGGCUGAAGGAAGGAACUCUGUACCAGUUCAGAGUUUGUGCUGUUAACAAGGCUGGAGCAGGACGCCCGUCCAAGGCCACGGAGCCAAUCCUCACUGCUGACCCCCUGGAACACACCAGGACCACGGUGGUCAAAGUGGACAGAGGGAGGACCAUCACCAUUACAAAAGAUGAACUGGAAGGUCAGGUCAAAGCUCCUUUCCCUCCCACAAACGUCCACGCCUGCGAGGUGAGCGACACCUACGUGGUGCUGAGCUGGGCCGAGCCUGAACCCAGAGGCAGAGAGACGCUCAACUUCUACGUGGAGCGGUCCCUGGAAGGGAAGAACAGCUGGGAGCUGGCCAGUCUGGACAUGGUGGUAAACUCUCCCAGGUUCCCAGUGUUUGACCUGGUCAAGGGCAAACAGUACUGCUUCAGAGUUCGCUCUAUCAACAAGUACGGCAUCAGUGACCCCUCUGAGCCAAGCGCGCCGAUCUCCUUGGGAAAGCCACAAGCUGUGCCAGCUCCUCCUCACUCUCUGAUGGCCAUCAGAGACACAGACACCUCAGUGCUGCUCCAGUGGCAGGAGCCCAAAGACAAAGACGACAUUCUGGGAUACUACCUGUACUACAAUGAAAUUGGCAAACAAGACUGGAAGACUGUUAACAACAAGCCUUUCACCAAAACCAGGUUUAUUGUCCAUGGUCUCAAGACUGGAAGAGAAUAUGUGUUUCGAGUGAAGUCUGUGAGCCGAGCAGGAAACAGCAGCUACUCAGAGGAGUCUUGCCCCAUUCUCGUCAGAUCAGCCAUUUAUGUUCCCUCUGCUCCCUCUGCCAUCGCCCUGCUGUUGUGCACUGGAUCAGAGAUGGUUUUGGGCUGGAGGGCACCUGCCUUCAGUGGGGGAGAUCCUGUGCGUGGCUACUACCUGGACCAGAGGGAAAAGGACAUGAACACAUGGAGAGAGGUCAACAUCCAGCCUGUCAAGGAGAGACAGUUUAGGGUUGGCAACCUGUCUAAUGGGCACUUCUACCAGUUUCGUGUGUUUGCUGCCAAUAUAGCUGGUGUCGGGAAGCCAUCUGAGGCCAGCGAAGCUUUUCUGUGUGAGAAGUGGACGAUGCCAGAGCCAGGUUGUCCCUAUGACCUGGGGCUCAGGGAAGUGAGAAACAACUCCCUGGUGCUACUGUGGGCAGCUCCAUUGUAUGAAGGACGAAGCCCUGUGACCGGGUAUUUGCUGGAAAUCAGUCAGGGUGACCAAUCAGACAGCUGGACGGCUUUAAACGACAAGCCAAUCUCUGACACACAUUACAAGGUGUCAGGUCUUCAGGCAGGUCAGACCUACUGUUUCCGUGUAUCGGCUGUCAAUGAGGCUGGAGUGGGCUGUCCCUCCCUUCCCUCUGAGCCAGUCACAGCUCAGACUAAACCAGGCACUAAAAACAUUGAGAUCGGUGUGGAUAAUGAUGGCUUCAUAUUUCUGGGCUACGAGGCUGAUCAGAUGAGCGAUGAGAGCAAGUUCCUGUGGAGCAAAAACUACACAGAGGCCAUAGACGCCAGGAGAGCAGGAACAGAAACCAAGAAGAAUAAGUCAGUCCUCACCUUCACCGACCCCUCUGAGGAGGACCUGGGUCUCUACACGGUAGAGAUGAGCGACAACUCUAACCUGUCGUCCAGCUACGACUUCACUGCUGAAGACCUUGAACGACUCAAAGAGCUCAGCUGGCAAGUCAGAAAUCCAUUGAUAGCUCUGAAGUCAGGCUGGCAGGUGGAUGUUUCUGAGAAAGGUGACGUACGUCUUUGGCUUCAGACUGAAAGUCUGAGUAACACCGCCGAGCUUCGCCUCAUCUUCAAUGAUCGGGAAAUCUCCAGCACUCCGCGCCGUAAGAUCAACUUCGACAAGGCCAAAGGUCUGGUGGAGAUAUUGUUUGAUCAGCUCUCUCAAGAGGACGAGGGCUCAUACACGGCUCAACUGAGAGAUGGCCGCGCCAAGAACCAAUUCACUUUGGUCUUUGUGGACAAAAAGUUCCGUGAGACACUGGCGCUAGCAGAUGCAAAACGACAUGACCAUCAGAGAAAGUCCGGACCCUAUUUCCAGGAAUUCUUGUCAUGGAGUGUAAAUGAGGAUUGUGAAGUUGUUAUAAAGUGCAAGGUGACAAACAUAAACAAGGACACGUCUCUUAAGUGGUUUAAAGAAGGCACAGAGGUGACCCAGGCUGUGUACGACCAGUCAUCAGGUGUCAGCACACUUACCAUCUCACAGGUUACGAAGAAAGAGGCAGGCUCAUACAGAGCCGCGGUGUCGGACAAGAGAGGAGAGGAUGUUAGCACCUUAGAGUUACUGGAUAACGAGUAUGACAAGCUCCUGCAGCAGCUGAGUAAACAGUGUGCAUUGUCAGCUGGCCCACUGAGCAUUCAGAGCACCGCUGAAGGUUUCAAGCUCUACUGUUCAUUCAAAUACUAUAUAAGCUACCUGAAGACGAGCUGGUACUUCAAGGAGAAGAGGAUCGAUCAGGAAGCCAGGACAAAGACUGGCAGCAACAUGCAAAAUGUCUGGAUUGAAAUCUUGAACCCAACAGAGAAUGAUAAAGGCAAAUACACCUUGGAGAUGUUUGAUGGGGAAGAGACACACAAACGGUAUCUUGACCUGAGUGGACAAGUCUUUGCUGAUGCCCUGCUGGAGUACCAGAGGUUGAAGCAAGCGGCCAUUGCUGAGAAAAAUCGGGCUAAAGUGACAAAAGGUCUUCCUGAUGUGGUAGCCAUCAUGGAAGGCAAGUCUCUGUGUCUGACAUGCUUCAUUGAAGGUGAACCAGCCCCAGAGAUCUUCUGGCUUCAUAACGACAGGGAGAUUGUUAAUGAGAACCAGUUUACCAUCACUAAAGAGCCAAAGCGCAGCUCCAUCACUGUCAACAAUGUAAACAUGGCAGACUCUGGAAAAUACAGCAUCUUUGUGCGCAACCAGUACGGUUCUGAGACGGCUGAUGUGACCGUGAGCGUGUAUAAGCAUGGGGAGAAGCCCCCAGCGAACGCUGUGGAGAUGGGUUAAAACUGCAAAAUGAAUCAGAAAUUAAUUUCUGCAGGGAUUUAUAUGCUUUAGAUUGAGAUUUUAACAUGCAUAGAUGGAUAAAUUGAAAAAAUAAAUUAUCUUAUAUCAGCUAAUUAGCCACCACAAACAACUGACUAUUAGCUAACAUUUGCUUUCAUCAGCUAACAUUAGCAACCAUAAGUGGCUGGUGACUAGUUGCUUUUUGGUAACUAAUGUUAGCUGGUGUUAGCUAAUAUUAGUAGGAAACAAAUUCAUUAAAUUAGAUAGCUUAAGCUUAGAUAUUGCCUUAUAACUGUUAACUGUGUGUGUGUGUGUGUGUGUGUGUGUGUGUAUGUGUGUGUAGUGAAUAAAGCCAUUUCAGUAAUA